ACAAAAGCUUCGGAUAAAACCAGGAAGAGGAGACGAAUUCGAGAAGCAGCAGACACAGUCAGCGGCUGAAGAUGGAGGCAGUGAACCUACGAGUGUGGAGCCUCUCAUCUCGGCCUCUGAAGCAUCUCUUCCGCCUUGCCUCCUUCUCCUCCUCCUCAGCUCGACGCCCCUCUUCCUCCCCCAAGCUUUUCUUCUUCCGCUGCUCCUCUUCCUCCUCCCCUUCUUCCGCCGCCACCGCCUCAACUCCUUCCGCCUCCGGACGCAAUCGCCGCUCGCCUUCCUCCACCACCACUUCCGACAGGGAAGCUAUUCGUGCCAUUCGCUCAAAGAAGGUGGAAGAGCUGAGGAGCAAGGGGCUCGAGCCUUAUGCUUAUAAGUGGGAAAGGACUCAUACCGCGAAUGAGCUGCAGGACAUAUAUAAGGAUCUGGGAAAUGGGGAAGAGCUGACUUGUGAGAGUGAUCGAGUUUCUAUAGCUGGAAGAGUCGUUGCGCGACGAGCUUUUGGGAAGCUUGCUUUCUUGACUCUUAGAGACGACUCUGGAUCAAUUCAGCUUUACUGCGAGAAGGAAAGGCUCUCAAACGAACAAUUCGAGCACCUAAAGACGCUUGUCGACAUUGGUGACAUCCUCGGGGCGAAUGGAACCAUAAAGCGGACAGAGAAAGGUGAGCUUUCCGUGUGUGUGAAUUCUUUUGCUAUUCUUACGAAGUCCUUACUUCCACUCCCUGAUAAAUACCAUGGUCUCACUGAUGUGGACAAGCGGUACCGUCAAAGGUACGUAGAUAUGAUUGCGAAUCCCGAAGUAGCUGAUGUUUUUCGAAAAAGAGCAAAGAUUGUCUCAGAGAUCCGGAGGACAGUUGAAGCUUCUGGUUUUGUUGAAGUCGAGACUCCAGUCCUGCAGGGAGCAGCUGGUGGAGCUGAGGCAAGACCAUUCAUCACAUACCAUAAUUCACUUGGGAGGGACCUCUACUUGAGAAUCGCCACUGAGCUCCACUUAAAAAGAAUGCUUGUCGGUGGAUUUGAAAAGGUGUAUGAAAUUGGACGCAUAUUUAGGAAUGAAGGGAUAUCAACUCGCCAUAAUCCUGAGUUUACCACCAUAGAGAUGUACGAAGCAUAUUCCGACUAUGAGAGCAUGAUGAACAUGGCUGAGGAAAUUGUAACCCGAUGUGCCCUUGCAGUUAAUGAUAAGCUUACCAUUGAGUACCAGGGAACAGAGAUCUGUCUAGAGCGGCCUUGGAGAAGAGAAACAAUGCAUAAUCUUGUCAAAGAAGCUAUUGGAGUUGAUUUUGAUGAUUUUAGUGGCAAUCUUAAAGCCGCUAAAGAGGUUACUCUCACAAAGCUUGGAAGCACCCUUGAAAGUAAAAACAAAAUUGCUAUCGAAUCAUGCCCUUCUAUCGGUCAUCUUGUUAAUGAGGUUUUUGAGGUAGUUGUGGAGCCGAAGCUUCUUCAACCCACAUUCGUUUUGGACUAUCCUGUUGAGAUAUCUCCUCUCGCCAAACCUCAUCGAAGGCGUUUGGGCUUGACUGAGAGAUUUGAACUCUUCAUCUGCGGUCGCGAACUUGCCAAUGCAUUUUCGGAGUUAACUGAUCCAAUGGAUCAGAGAGGACGCUUGGAAGAGCAAGUGAGGCAGCACAACGAGAAGAGGGCAGCAGCUCUCUCUCGUGGCGAAUCUAACAAAGGGAAAGCAUCAGAGGAUGACGAUGAUGAUGAAUCGUACGAAGUGACUCUUGAUGAUGACUUCCUGACAGCUCUGGAGUAUGGGAUGCCUCCUGCUUCUGGAAUGGGGCUUGGGAUCGACCGGCUGGUGAUGCUAUUAACAAACUCUGCAAGCAUACGAGAUGUAAUUGCUUUCCCCAUCCUUAAGGCUCAACAGUAGCAGCUAUUCACAUUCUGUUCAAAGGAGCCGAAUCUUGUAACCUGUCAUUCAACGGACACAGGAAGAAGUCCUCUUAGGCAUUCGGAUGUAGCAAAAUUUUGGUCAUUCUCUUUGAGCUGUAAUAGUAGUUUAUAUUGGAGGGACUUCACAUACCUUCUUCGAGUCGUGAAAUUGCAGAAAUAUUUCCGGAACAUGUGAAUUUGUUUGAGCGACAUUUAUCUCCUAUCCACAUUGCUUAUGGCACUGAGACUGUUGCCUGUGAACUAUUGUUUGAAUAAAAGAAAAGCUUUUCUUUUUCUUA